UGUGUGAUGUCUCAGCUUCGACACACUUUUUCAGAUUUCAAAUCGCCCUAAUGCAAGUAUUUAAUAGGUGCUUUGUGGUAUGUAGUAGGAUUUUGUAUAAAACCUUGAAAAAAGAAAAAAAUCAGGUCAAUUGUAAAAGAAAUAAAGAAAACCUCUAGUGAAAAUGCCAUUUCCAAGGGGGAAAAAGCCAAGUAGCUGUUUCCCUAAACAGCAUGCCAACGUACCGAGUGUGGAGAACCAGGAAGAAGCUUUCCAAGUUAAGAGAUCCCCCUCCUCUCCUCAAGGAGCGCCUAAGAAAAGAUCAGCCUUUGUAGACAUCACCAAUGGUCUGACCCUGUGUCUUUCGGAUCAUGUUGAUGAUGCUGUGGCCAUCAGAAUUGCUAACAAGGUCCAAGCCAGUAACCAUACAAAGAAGGAGAAGACCACCAAGAAGAUCCAGAAAAGCAGUAUAGUUACUGUGAAAAAUGAAGCCAACCAGAAGAAGUUGGGCUCUCUCACCUCAGAGGGGCAGUCCGAACAGGUAAAACUGGGAAAAUCUCCUGUACAAGAACCAAAGGCAUCCCCAGAACAACCUACUAGGGAUCAACCUGGGCAGGUACCUGAGGAGUUUGACAUUGAUAAGGAGCACAGCAAGGACUGCUGCAUGACAUCAGAGUAUGCCAAGGAGAUCUUUGACUAUCUGAAGGGCAGAGAGGAGAAAUUUGUCCUGCAGGAUUACCUGCACAAACAACCUGACCUGAAUAAGGACAUGAGAGGAAUUCUGGUGGACUGGAUGGUUGAGGUCCAGGAGAACUUCGAGCUAAACCACGAGACGCUGUAUCUAGCUGUGAAGCUGACUGACCACUACCUGUCCUGCACUGCAGCCCUCAGGGAGUCUCUGCAGCUUAUUGGUUCUACGUCCAUGCUCAUCGCCUCCAAGUUUGAGGAGCGCAGCCCACCCUGCAUUGAUGACUUCCUGUACAUCUGUGAUGACGCCUACAAGCGCGAGGAAAUGAUCGCCAUGGAGGUCAACAUCCUGCAGAUGCUGAAGUUUGACAUCAACAUCCCAGUUCCCUACCGCUUCCUCCGUAGAUACGCCAAGUGUGUCCAAGCCAACAUGGAGACUCUGACGCUGGCGCGGUACGUGUGUGAGCUGAGCCUGCUGGAGGUGGAGCUGAUCCCCGAGCGAGCGUCCCUCCUGGCUAGCGCCUGCCUGCUGCUGGCUCUGAUCAUGAAGGGUCUGGGAGGAUGGACGCCCAUUCUGGAGUUCCACACAGGAUACACGCUUUCAGAUUUGGGCCUUUUAGUGAGGAAACUCCACUCCAUUGUGGCCUGCCCCUCUGAUGACAAGCUGAAAGCUGUGAGAAGCAAGUACUCCCACAGCGUGUUCUUUGAAGUGGCAAAAAUUCCGGCUGUGGAUAUUCCGAAACUAGAGGAAGCCUUGAAGUGAACAGAAGUGAAUAGUGGACGAAAAAAAAAUAAAAGAGAAAAAAUAGGCAAAACAUUGUAAAUAUUUUCUAUUUAUCCUGUAUGUUAUUAAGCCAGUUUUGUUUUAUAUAUGUAAAGAAAAGGUUUUGUAAUUAGAUAAUGGUUUGUUUUCAAUAUUUUUAUACAUAUGAUAAUUUUAUAGCCUUUUUCCUACGCUCAUUGUAUAAUUUUGUUAAAAUAAUUAAAUUAAAAUAUAGGUCAUGCUUGCAAGAAAAACAUUAUUUCUAUGAAACCAGAAUGGAAUGAGAUUUUUUAAAUUCCAGUUUUUAUGUGACCAUAAUGCCAUAUGCUAGUGGAAUAAUUGAAGUGUUUCUUGUUUGUGUCUGUCUAUAUAAAUGCAAGUACGUUUUUUACCGUUUAUCAUGUCACUGUGGCUUGGCCCAGUAACUUGUGAAUAACACGCAAAUGUUUGCUAUUUUUAAAUGGCUGAGUGUUUUGUAAAUAAAGACGGUUCUGCCCUUGUUCAUA